AUGGAUGCGCGGACUCAGGUGCGCGUUGACGGAACGCUCUGCCGCUCCUCGCUGGGAGAUGUAGCGGCGGCGGGCGGCGGGCGGUGGGCGGCGGGCGGCGGGCGGUGGGCGGCGGGUACCCUUGGCCGACCAGCGAGCACCGCACAACUUGCGUUGCUGCCUUUCUCUCCGGCCAUAUCCCUGUUGCAGCUCAUCAGCGAGGCAAUCCGAGUCAUCCCAGACUUCCCCAAGGCGAUGCUGCAGCCUGGGAUAGCGUUUCAAGAUGUGACCACUAUUCUGCUCGACCCUGCCGCAUUCAAGCACACCAUCGAAAUGUUGGUCGAGCGAUAUCGCAGCAUGGAAGUCGACGUGGUGGCAGGCUUCGAGGCGAGAGGCCUUAUUUUCGGCGCGCCCCUGGCCAUCGCUCUCGGCUGUGCAUUUGUGCCUCUGAGGAAGCCCGGCAAGCUGCCUGGCGCCACAAUCUCCGCCGAGUAUACCACAGAGUAUAGCGUCGACCAAAUCCAGAUGCAUGAAGGAGCGGUGCAGGAGGGGCAGCGGGUGGUGCUUGUGGAUGACCUCAUUGCAACAGGCGGCACGCUCCGGGCAGGCAUAGAGCUUAUCCAGAAGGCGAACGGCCAGGUGUUGGAGGCGGCCUGCAUCAUCGAACUGCCGGAGCUCCGGGGCCGCGAGAAGCUAGGAGGGCUGCCGCUGCACGUGCUAGUGACCAAGCAGGACUGCUUGUGA